AUGAGUCCAAGCAAGAACCCCUACGAACUGCUAGCCCAACUCGAUUUGAGAGGCCAAGAGGAGGAAAAGGAGGAAGAUGAGCUUGUUGGUAGAGAUCCCAAUGGUGACGAGAUAUGGAAAUUCGAGGUCACGCCUUUCAAUAUCGAUGACUUUGAGGUAAAAUACGACAACUGGCGGAUUAUCACCCGAGAAUUUCUUCAACAAAUCGCAAAGAAUAAGGAGUUGACAGAAACAGCUGUAGAAAACAAAGAGAGGCGGACUAUAAUGCAUUGCCCCUCGCAAGGGGAACCAGAAUCUGGUGAGCGAUUCUGUGUGGUGGACACGGCUGAGAUUGAAUACGGCCGCGCAGCCGAAGUUGGUGUACGGUAUCUAGUCCGUGUUGAGCUACACCGCGACUUCCAACAAUUUCGGCAAAACUCACUCUCUGUUAAGUUACUGAGGUACUACAACGACGAUCCUGACGAUGAUGUAGACUGGAUACCAGUGCCGUAUGUGCUUAAUCUUGUCAAACACAAUAAUGGGGAAUCUUAUAAGAGCGUGGAACAUAUGGUAGAAUGGCGAAACCAAUUGCAGCAGAUCAAGAAGCUCUAG